GGCGGAUCACGUGACCCGUGAGCCGUCCAAUCCCGUGCCAGAAAAACACGGCUCGUAAUUUUGAACAGAGGGAGAGCAGCCAGGCAGAGCUGUGUAUCAUCAAUGGUGCUAUUCAUUAUAUGGGAGCAAAACAUCGGUUAAAUCCUUCCCUGAGUAAUGGAUAUGUGUACCUCUUGUCAUAUCGGAUGAAGGCAAACGUUUUGCGUGAUAAAUAUGAGUUCUCAUGUUAUCACCCCUGGACCGUACCGGGCCACAAAACUGUGGAAUGAGGUGACUCGUUUGUUUCGGGCUGGCAUGCCCGUCAAGAAACACCGCCAGAACUUCCGGCACCACUCCGCCUGCUUCACCGCCUCUGCCGCUGUGGAUUGGAUGCACCAGCUGCUCCGUAGCAACAGCAAUUUUGGCCCUGAUGUCACCAGGCAGCAGACGGUGCAGCUCCUGAAGAAGUUUCUAAAGAACCACGUCGUCGAAGAUGUGAAGGGUCGCUGGGGCACGGAAGAUUUAGAGGACAACAACACUCUGUACAGAUUCCCCUCCACUUCUCCUCUGAAGCCCAUUCCCUGUCCAGCCUCGGCCCCUGGCUCUAUUAAGAAAAAGUCUUCGUUCAGGGACAAGGAGAGUUUCUUCAGGUUUAGGAGUAUCAAGAAGCAGCUUGAGAAGGAGACACAGGAAAAUGUAGAUCCUGCCCUCCAAGCAGGGGGAGAGAACAAGCCAAUAGGAGAACAGCAGGUGCCGAGACGAGAGCUGACGGUGGAAGAUGAACAGGAGAUCUGGAGAGACAUCACCCUGACCCACCUGCAGAGGAUUCUGGGCGUUGCAUCUCUCAGUGAUGUUUUAGACCAACGUUAUAUAAACCCACAGAACAUCAUCCAUAAUAUGACCAAAGUCAACAAGCAUGGAGUGGUCACACUGGACGACAAGACCAAUGACCUUCCACACUGGGUUUUGUCUGCCAUGAAAAGCCUGGCCAACUGGCCGAAGUACGAUAACGCACAGCCUUCCUAUCCCGGCUUUGAGAGAGAUGUCUUCAAAACGGUGUCUGAUUACUUCUACAGCCUUCCGCAGCCAGUGCUCACAUACGAACUGUAUGAACUGUUUAUCAACGUCCUGGUUUUUUGCGGGUACGUUGCAGCGCCCGCAAAACACCAGGGUGGGAAGCGCAAGAAGCUGGACUUCCCCUCAGUCCCGCCCCCAGCCAAGGCUCCUUUCCGCUCCACAGAAUGUCUCCUACUGUCGCUGCUCAGACAGGGGACAUGUGAUGAGACGGAGUCGCCAAUGAGAGAAGUGAUUGGUGGGCAGCUUCAGUCGCGGCUGGCAGCGCUGGGAGGAGGCGCUGCCAGUGCGGGUGAUGGUCGGUUAGGUGGCAGCUGCACAAGUUUGAGUACCGCUGGUUCUACGAGACCUCGAACCAGGAGUUGCUCACUGGAAACCAUCCUAGAUGACUCUGCCCCGCUCGCCAGGCAACAGCUGUUCCUGUCCAUUGACAACCUGGCAUCCUGCGCCUAUAACAACACGAGCCAGGAUGCCAGCUCUGUCAUCACAACACCCCACAGUCAUACAGACUCUAAAUCUGAAUCCAAAGCACCCCCCUUUACUUGUGAAAAGGCUCCAGGAGGUACAACCAGAAGGUACAGCCGCUCCUUACGGCCGCGCAGCGUAGGUAGCUGUCUGGACAUUGUCAUAGAAACCCGGGAGGAAGAUGACAAGGAGACCAAGUGGCAGGGCCGAGCAGCCAGCUGCCUCAACAUGAACACUCCUGCAGACCAGCAUCACUCCUCUUCUGCUUCACGGCCUCCCUCGUUGCCCUCCUAUCAUCCCUCCUCUUCCUCCUAUCAUCCUUUCUCCCCCUUCUCUUCAUGUGCUUUGGCCAAAGUACAAGGGCCCCAUGCUACUACAGGACCUAGUGGGCCCAGACCCGCCUCCAGUACCUGUAAUCUUUGGCCGCUCCCUGCACCUGCUGUUGCCCGGCGCUGCCUCAGCUCUCUGGAUGUGUCGAAGCCUGUUGCACUAUUCAAUCCGCCUGUCCGUGUGCCCACCAGCAUCUCCCAGCCCCCCCAACCCAAACCUGAGCACAGCCUUCUCCAACCUCAGUGUGAGCGUGUGGCCAUCGAGGCCCUGCAGCUUUGCACCCUCCUCCUCCCCCCCAACUCCCGCAGGAAGUUGCAGCUCCUUAUGAGGAUGAUGUCACGCAUCAGCCAGAAUGUGGACAUGCCCCGCCUCCACCCCGUCAUCGGCACGCGGACACUGAUGGUUCACACGUUUUCAGGCUGUGUCCUGGGCAGCGCUGAGGAGUGUGAUUUGGAUGAACUGUUAGCUACCAGACUGGUGUCAUUUCUAAUGGACCAUCAACACAACAUCCUCUCGGUCCCAGAGUACCUUCUCAGUGCUAUCAAUGACCAUAUACAGUACCUGCGCACGGUACAGGUCCCCAUCGAUGGUGUUCCUAAUGUCGAUGGCAUUGAUCCAGUUUGCGUUCCAGUACCCAUGUACGCGUUCUGCCGUCAAAUUAGCGGCGCAGAGUUUGAACAGCAGAAGCAGGCCUCUUCCCAGAAGGCCAUGGAGGAGUUGCUGGAGAUGCUGCUGACCGACCAAAACAUGAGUGAGAAGGACAGAUGCAAGAAACUAAAGCAGUUUCAGAAGCAGUACCCAGACAUCUACAGUCGUCGGCUCCCCUCCUCGGACGGGACUAACAACAAACCAAAGAUUAAACCUCCACUUCUCAACAUCAAGAAAACCAAAGCAUUCAGCAUCAGGAACUAAACCAACCAUACAGGUUGUCACCAUGAUAGAAGCCGCAGUCGAUUGUCGCUGAACUGUAACUGCACUGAUACUUAGAGAUCUCCUCAUUGCAGCCGUUAACUCUUUCUUGUUACAUUGUUAGUUAUUCCUACCGUAUCUCAUGUACUGUAUGUAGUAAUGUGAGAGUUAAUGCAGACUGGAAGACUUCUACAGUGGUUGAUGUGUGUGUAUUCAUGUGUGUAUGUGUGUGACAGCUGGGUAAGAUGAAGGCAAGUUGACAGUUCAGUCUGCAUUGAUGGCUGUGUUCAAAUAUAAUCUGGUUUUAUUAAGCACGAUGUUUUGGUAAAAUGUUUUUCAGGACCAUCUGUGUUAAUUUGGAACAGUCACAUUUUCUCUCUUCCCAUUUUCUUUUUCCCCUCCUGUCUUCUCUAUUGUUUGUACGUGCGCGCGUGUAUGUGUGCUCCAGAUUGCAUUUUGGGAGAAAUAAAUAUGCAAUUCUAGGAUCACUAGUCCAUGUGGGAAUAUUUAGAUUAUAGAUUUCUUAAUUUAUAUGACUGAUGUCAUUGGGAGCAGUGCUUAGAUACCCUUACUUGAGAUGUUUCUGGUAACUGUUUUAUAGACUUCACUAAACAUAUUAUAUCAUAAUUUCUCAAGUUUAAUAUAAAAUGAUCUUUAGUCUUUAGAAGUGGAACCUUUUUUUCUGAAUUUUCUUUCUUGUCCUUUUGACUCUCUUCUUUCUGUGCUUUUAAAGCAUUUUGUGCAGCAAUGUUUACAGUUUUCUCAUCGAGGAUCUUUUGAUUUUCAGGAUCACAUGUUUUUCCAUAUACAAUUCCAUUAUAUUUAAAUGGAGUUAGCCUCUCCCAGUUUCUCUCAUUCCUUGUGUUUGUGUGUCUCAUCUCGAACCCAUCCCUGUUUAGUUUAUCGGAUAGAGAAAUGUUUUGCACUGGAUUUAGGCAUUUUAAAUGGACAGCAAGGUACAUGUAUACACAUUUAAUGUAUAUGUAGACUCCCUUUACUCAUCAUCUGUAAUGAGAGAAAUUGGUGUCUAAAAGCAUCCAUUCAUUUCAGUGAUGGACGCUAUUCACGAUACAGAACCCAUUUUAUGUCACCUGUCUUAGUUUCAAGCUGUUUUGUUAUUUAUAUCAUAUGAAGUAUUGUGUGUGUGAGAGAGAGAGAGAGAGAUUUUACAGAGGAGUGUUAUAUUGUACGCCUACACAGUUGGGCUCUUCGUCUACGUUGUUUACUAUGCAAAGUCCUGGGAAAUAAAUCUGUUUAGCCGUUUAUUUAUA